CUCCAUUUCUUCACAAGCAGCAACCAAGGGUUAGCAGAGCACUGUGUGUCUGUGUGUUAGAGAGAGAAAGAGGAGAGAGAGAAAAUGGUAUCAGGUUCAGGAAUCAGCGCAAGGAGGAUAGUGGUGGAUGCUCGCCACCAUAUGCUUGGAAGACUUUCUUCAAUUUUGGCGAAAGAGCUUCUCAAUGGACAGAGAGUUGUUGUUGUUAGAUGUGAAGAGAUUUGCCUUUCCGGUGGACUUGUUCGCCAGAAAAUGAAGUAUCUUAGAUUUCUUCGUAAGAGAAUGAAUACAAAGCCAUCUCAUGGUCCUAUCCAUUUUCGUGCUCCUUCUAAGAUCCUUUGGCGUACAAUCCGUGGGAUGAUUCCCCACAAGACCAAACGUGGGGCAGCUGCACUUGCCCGCUUGAAGGUUUACGAGGGUGUCCCACCCCCAUAUGACAAGAUUAAGAGGAUGGUUAUUCCCGAUGCUCUAAAGGUAUUGAGGCUCCAAGCAGGACACAAGUACUGUCUCUUGGGCAAGCUUUCAUCAGAGGUUGGAUGGAACCAUUACGAUACUAUCAAGGAACUCGAGAACAAGAGGAAGGAGAGAGCUCAGGUAGCAUACGAGAGGAGAAAGCAGUUGGCAAAACUUAGAGUUAAGGCUGAGAAAGCUGCCGAGGAGAAGCUUGGACCUCAACUUGCCGUUAUUGCUCCAAUCAAGUAUUGAAUUGGGACAUAGUUAUUUCGAAGUACAAUUUUGUUGAAGAUCGAUUAUUCAUCUUAAUCUCGACCUUUUUCUUGGUUACAUUGUCCUCUUGAGUGGUGUAUUUUCAGUUAGCAGUGUUUGAGAAGACUCUCAGACUCUUUUAUCCUUCAUUGUUUUUGGUAAUGAAAUCGAAUCUCAUGCUUUUAGUGAUA